CAUUGAGGCUAAAUGGACUGAGUCUAACAAAAUGGUUUCGCUAGGCCGGGUUUUCAAUAAUUUUGCAAAGUUCCGUGGCUAUUAUAAAGGUUGGUAUUAUCCACCAGAACCAGAAGGGAUAAUAAGAGAUGCAAGAGGUGGUGUUGUUAAACGGAAUGGGUUCUUUUACCCAAAAGGAUCUUUGGAAGGAUUUGAUCCUGAGAAGAGAAUUCCGAUGAAAACGAAAGGGUUGUAUUACCCGCCCGAAGCACAUGAAGGUCUCUGGCAUGGUAAAGGAAUAAUCUUUGGACAUUAUAAAACGUGGUCAGGAAAGAAAGUGAACAGACUCUGGAGGCCCAAUAUACAAACAGCUACUCUAUACAGCAAGAUUCUAGAUGAGAAAUUCACAUUGAAAGUGACAGUACAUGCUUUAAAAUGCAUAGACAAUGCUGGUGGCUUUGACAGGUACAUUCUAAAGACACAUCCAAAUAAAAUGAGGUCCAGGAAAGGAAUGGAGCUGAAGCUUUAUAUGCAAAAAGUUCUGAAAGGUCUAGAAGAAGGAAGGACUUUAGAUAAGAUAAAAGAAGAAGUUGGACCAAAGGAUCCUGUAGAUAAACGCAUUCCAGUUAAAAAAGAACAUACAAAUAGGUUUUACUUUGAUUAUAGAGGCUGUAGAAAGCAGAUGAUAUUUUGCUGAGUUGGUGUUGAUUGAUAAAUUUUGUAUGUAUGAUUGAACCAGCAAUAAUUUUGUGCCUCUUGAAACUUGAUUUCUGUCAGAUUAAUAAAGAUCAUGUAUUAUGCUAGCCAGUUCUAUAUCAUUAAAUUGUCUUUAGUGUUAAAGCAAGUUUUUAUCUAUCUUUCAUGCAGUUAUGUUAAAGCCAGGUUGCUUGGUCAUUCCAUAUCAAAUCAGCAAAAUUUCUUUAACUGCCCAUGGGCAUGAGCUGUAUUUGCAAUUUCAUUGUUAGCUUUUGCAAUGUGUGCCAAAGUUUCUAUAAAUAGAGUAUCUGUGUCUCACAUUUGCAUUUUUUACUGUAAUAUUGUUUACAUUGAAUAAAGAUGAGAGGAUUCUAAAAUUUUAAACAGUGAUCACAGGUUUUUAUUUGGCAGUUAUCUUUAAAAAAAUUACAUAAAUGAAAUCAAUCUGUGCAAUUCUCUAAAUGUUCUAUGAGCAGCAAAGAAUUUCAAAAAUCGAAUGAGUUUCUUUGGUUCCCAAUUCAACACAAACAUCACUUUCCCAAGCACUUUCCUUAAUUUUUUUUAAAGGUAAUGUGUCCAGCUAAAGCAAGUAGCUCUGCGAGAGUUUUCAGGAACAUGUGAUUUUUCAUAUCAUCGCCCCGGCCAUCACGGUCGUUCUGUUUAUUUACCCUGCUGUGAGGUUAGCUUUUCAUGUGAGCAGUUUUGCAUUGCAAGAAUACUAACCAAUCGCAAGCCGUUAUUUUAAUGAGUGGCUUGACAAGUUGGGAAUACGCAGUCCUUUUAUACAGACACAUUUCCUUUAAGUAGACAUUUUAAAAAUUUGUUCUCAGCCUUCUUAGUUUCAUCAAUAGGGAAUGUUUCAGGAAAUAGAGUUUUUAAAUCGAUUUUUAGUAGAAUUAUGUAGACUGUGUCCGUAUCCAAAGAAUCCAUAUAUUUUGACAAAAGUGGGGGAGGGGGCUAACUACCCCCCUAUAACCCCCUUGGCGUCACCACUGGAAAGGAGACUGUCAUCAACAUAUUGCAUUCAAACAAUGCUAUAAGUUAUAUUUUUGCCCACAGGGGACAGGAGUGAUUUUUCAGGUAUACCGUGAAUCCACGAAUUAGCCCUUAUUUAUUUUUGAUAUUUUUGGAUGGGGGCUUAUUUGAGGGGGGACUUAUAAGAUUAUUGUAGACAUUAAGGAAACAUUAUUAAAAGACAUCAUUUAUUUUAGUAGGAAUUUCUGUAUGAGAAUUUAAUUAAUUAAUACCAAAAGUAUGAAUUCGUUGUGGUAAUUCAACAAAACGCCAUAGGCAACUUCAGAUGGCAAAAAUCAUCAAAUUGAGGGGUCCAAUUAGAGAAUCUACGGUAGCAGUGAGGGCUUAUUCGAGGGAGGGGGUCUUAUUGACAGUUUGUAGUUCUAGGGUGGGGGCUUAUUCGAUGGGGCCUUUUUUGAGGGGGGGGGCAAUUGUUAGGUAUGUUCCAUACAAAGAUUUAGAUUUUCGCUUUAUACGGCAAUGUGCCACAGCUAAAAACAAUCACACCAUGGACACAACAUGCAUUCGUCAUGGACUCAACAUGUUCUUUUAAGCAAGAGGCAAACAGGGCUUUUAUUGAUUUUUCAUUAUUGGUCUUCUAGAUCCUGCAGAAAAAUACGAUUGGCUUGGCAGAAAAUUACAAGCUGAUUUAUAAGUUAAAGUUACAAAUAAAGGUAUAAUUCUGGAUACGAAUCCCGUCUGGGGUACUAUUUUCGUGACGUCAUACAGUUGAUGUCUAGACGGAUGUCGAUGAUGGCGAAAUUACCUUGUGGCCUCAAUACAACAACGAGGUUACGGAUUCCCCUUUGAAGAAAGUUGGAAAGUACCGACGAUCAGUUGUCAAGCGAGAACUUCUGUAAGAUAAUAAAGUUAUAGAGAGCAGUCAUAAGGAGUAUUUCGUUAAAACACUGUAA